AUGGAGCAAAUUUAAAACUUAGGAUCCUUUGAAGGUAUAAUUAACGAAAGUAGUGAGAUGAACGAUAGCGUACAUUAGAAUAUAAAGCAUAAUAGAAUUACUGAAAAGCUUGUGUCUCUUCCCAUUGAUUUCACAGGUGAAGUUUCACAUAUCGUAGCUUUUAAAAACAGCAAAAUAUUUAUUUACUUUAUUAAUGGGAAAUGCAUUUUCCUAGAUAUAAAUACUAUGAAAACUUUAAACAGCUUUUAAAUACCCCCUAAAAUGACUCACUUCAAGCACUAUGAUGAUAAAACAGUUCUAUUUCUUAAUACUGAGAAGUAUAUUUUACAACUUCUAGAUGUAUAUUCAGGAAAAGUAGUUUCGACAAAUCAUCCUAAAGUUCCAUCUGAAAUUAAUUGGUAAUUAGCUGAAAGGAAAGCAAGAAAAAUUGAUGAUUUAAUCACAAGUGGAUUGACUAUACAUAUUUUGUAAGAAAGUAAAAUGGUCAUAGUAUUAGAAUAAAAGAACAUUAUUUGCUCAGUAAACGAAUAUGUAUUAACAACAUUCAACUUCUAGUAGCCUAGUCAUCUGAAUCAAAUCAUAAUUCCUGAUGAAAAAUAAAAGUCACUUUUUAUUACUCCUCUUAACUAAAUUGAUACUGUAAUGUUAUGGGGUGCUCACUAAUCUGAAGAUUUAUUAGAAAUGUUCAUAUGCAAUGUUUUCUAAGGAGAUAAAGGGUUUAGCGUUGUGAAAUUAGAUCAGAAAAUUACUUGCGAUAUAGUUGCGGCUUACCCGUUGAAUGAAAGAGAAGUAUCUUUUUGGGUAAACAAAAAACAGCCUGCAGUUUUGGUAGUAGAUUGGGCUGGAAAUAAAAGGCUGAGAUAAAUAGAUUUAAAUGUAUUCAAUCCUUCUGAAAAUAUGGAUUAAUUAGGAUGCAUCCUGAAUGAUGUUUAUUAUUUAAAUUAAGAUCUUUAAAUUGCUCUGGUUUCUAUUCAAACUUAAAAAGAAGAGUUGUUUUCUGUGAUAAAUUUAGUAGAUAAUUCAGUGUCGUUUGUGAAAACAAUUUCUAGCGAACUAAAUCUAACAGAAAAAUGUUUUUCUCCAGAUGGAAAAUAUUAUGUAGAAUUUGAAAAAGUGUACAGAGAGCCAGAAGAUUCUUAGGACCCAUCAAAAAUCUACUUUACUAUUAAUUAUAUGAUUGGAAUGAGAGCAAUAAUACUCUAUUUGCUAGAAUCUAAAAAUAUAUAAGAAAUUUAUGGAUAAUAUGCUGCCCAUUAAAUAGUUAAUAUGUUGACCUAAAAUGAACCAGAGAGAGUAAUAAAUUUUUUUUGA